GCGCACUCGGUGGGAAAACACGACUGAAAACGGGCAGCUAUGCCGCGCGCUGCGGAAAACGGGCUGGACGCGUCCGCUUGGAACAACGGCCGGUGCACCGGAGGACCGACCCGGGGACCUCAGAACCGGGACAGGCGUUGACAGGCGAGACUUCUCCCCGGGGGGACGCCUCCCGCCGACGGAAAACAAGCAAACAAAGCAGCGACGCGAAGCGCUCGACGAACCCGACGCUUCUCCCCGUUUCCCCCCCCUCUCCUCCUCUCCUCCUCGGUUCUCCUCCGCCUGUCCUCUCCUCUUCCCUCCUCUCUUCCCUCUUCUUCUCCUCCUCUCGGCGCCGCAAGAAGGAGCAGCGACACACCGGCAAUGUCGCUGCUCGCCGCGUAGGAUUUAUCCGCGCCGUUGCCUUUUUUUUUUGUUUGUUGUUGUUUUGUUUUUAGCACCGACCGGUGAAUAAAAGUGACCGGGGACGAGAAGCGACCGCCGCGGGGGCUCAGCAUGUUUUUCCCGGCUGUCCGCAGCAGGAGGUGUCCGGGCAGCUGCUGUGUGGGGACGCUGUGCUUGCAGUGGCUGCUGUGGAUUUUAUGCGCGGUGAACGGCGAGGAGCAGCCGUUCAGCGUGGAGUCAUGGCUCCAGAGGUACGGCUACCUCCCCCCUGCGGACCCCCGAAUGUCGGUGCUGCGUUCGACUCGAGUCAUGCAGUCGGCUAUCGCUGCCAUGCAGCGCCGCUACGGCCUCAACGUCACCGGCUCCCUGGAUAGCAGCACUAUGGGCAGCGAUAACACGAUAAGGUGGAUGAAGAAGCCGAGAUGCGGGGUUCCCGACCAGGUGGGAGGCGCGUCCAGAUUCAGUGUCAGGAAACGGCGGUACGCCCUCACCGGACAGAAGUGGCAACACAAACAUAUCACAUACAGCAUAAAGAACGUGACGCCCAAAGUGGGCGCGGAGGAGACCCACGACGCCAUCCGGCGGGCCUUCGACGUCUGGCAGAAUGUGACGCCGCUGCGCUUCGAGGCGGUGCCCUACAGCGAGCUGGAGCGGACCAAGAAAGACGUGGACAUCACCAUCAUCUUUGCCUCGGGUUUCCACGGCGACAGCUCGCCCUUCGACGGCGAGGGCGGCUUCCUCGCCCACGCCUACUUCCCGGGGCCGGGAAUAGGAGGCGACACGCACUUUGACUCGGACGAACCGUGGACGCUGGGCAACCCCAACCACGACGGCAACGAUUUGUUCCUGGUGGCGGUCCACGAGCUCGGCCACGCGCUGGGCCUGGAGCACUCCAACGACCCGACGGCCAUCAUGGCGCCUUUCUACCAGUACAUGGACACCGACAACUUCAAACUGCCCAUGGACGACCUGCUGGGCAUCCAGAAGAUUUACGGGCCUCCCGAUAAGCUCCCCCAGCCCACCAAGCCAUUGCCGACGGCGGCCCCUCCCCGCUCCCAUCCUCCAUCAGACCCCCGUAAACCCGACCGGCAGACGCGACCUCCGAGGCUUCCGACGGGAGACCGGCCGUCGCACCCCAACGCCAAACCCAACAUCUGCGACGGAGGCUACAACACCCUCGCCAUACUGAGGAGGGAGAUGUUCGUCUUCAAGGAUCACUGGUUCUGGCGGGUGAGGGAUAACUCGGUGAUGCCGGGCUACCCGAUGCUCAUCAGUGUUUUCUGGAGAGGCCUUCCGCCCAAGAUAGAUGCCGUCUACGAGAACAGCGAUGGCAAGUUCGUCUUCUUCAAAGGGAAACAGUUCUGGGUGUUCAAGGACACGGUGCUGCAGGCCGGGUACCCCAAGGACAUCGCCCAGUUCGGCCACGGCAUGCCGGCCCAGAGCAUCGAGACCGCCGUGUGGUGGGAGGACGUGGCCAAGACCUACUUCUUUAAAGGGGACAGGUACUGGCGUUACAAUGAGGAAAUGAGGACCAUGGACCCCGGAUAUCCCAAGCCCGUCACAGUGUGGAGAGGUGUGCCUGAUUCGCCGCAGGGGGCCUUCGUGGACAAAGCCAACGGAUUCACCUACUUCUACAAGGGCAAGGAGUACUGGAAGUUCAACAACCAGUUCCUGCGGGUGGAUCCGGGCUACCCGCGUUCCAUCCUCAAGGACUUCAUGGGCUGCGACCUGACGCCCGUCGACCCCGCCCGGCCCCCCGCCGCCGCCGACGGCUCGGACGUGGUGAUCGAGCUGGACAACGAGGCGAACGCGGUGAAGGCCGUGGCCAUCGUCAUCCCGUGCGUGCUGGCGCUGUGCCUGCUGGUGCUGGUCUACACCGUGGUGCAGUUCAAGAGGAAGGGCACGCCGCGCCACAUACUGUACUGCAAACGCUCCAUGCAGGAAUGGGUCUGAGGGGCGGGGGCGGGGGAGGGGUGGGGAGGGGAGGGGUGAAGGCGGGGCGAGCGGGUGGGAAAACAGGACGGAGAGCCCCCUCGCCUUCACGGAGGAGGGGCGUGCCGUGUGCAAACAGGACGCAGCCACGGCUCCUCCUCUCCGAUACCUUCGCUCGGACCCUCGUAACCGACCGCACGGCCUGCUGGUGGCCCCUCACACAGGAGGCGACCCCAGGAAGUGGACUCCGCUAACCCUGCGCCUUUUUAACUAACAGGGGGAGCAGAGGGGCCGUUUAUGGGGGACCUUUGCCUGAUACGUGACAGUCAGUCCCGGGGGGGGGAAACAGGAGGAUUGCUAUCACUUUGUAUCUCGGAAACUUGACUUCCUCUCCCCCCCUUUGCUCUUUUAAUUCUUUGCCAGACUGCUCUUAAUCAGAGGGAGGACUAACACGGAGGGACACACGCACACACACACACACACACGGCACUGCAUUGUCAUCCAUCAUAUCAGGUUGUUUAUGAAACACCAGUUUUCUAUUCUCUGAUCUCGGUGCCCCCCAUCGCGUCAAAAGAUGAACCUUCUCAGAUAAACACGAGUUAAUCACAUUACCAAUCUUCAACCCCUUUUCUGUAGUUGUUCCUUUUUUCUUUUUCUUUUUUUAAUUUGACUUAUUUUAUUGUAAAUCUUUUCAGUAAGGAGCUCCUCACCGUUCCCUUUAACGCGCUCCUGAGGAAGAGACCAAAUGAAACCAAAAAAUAAUAAUUUCUCUCCAAAGAGGAUUACAUUUUGCUCCUUUUUCUUUUCGUUGUUUCAGUUCGUCCUCUGUUCCCCUCUCUGGAUCCUUGCAGCGAUUAAGAGUCAGGGAGCUCUGACUGUUGUGGCAGUCUAUUUAAAUCACAGGGGCCAAAUUAUUCUGCAAUAUUUUAACUCGCCUUAAUUAUAGAUUAUACUACUUGUGCUUGGUUUUGCGGUUUUAUUUUCAUUUUGUUUUAUAUAUCGCUUUUGUUUUUCAUUUGUUUGGUAUUUCAUGGUUUUUAUUACAUUACCCAGAGGUCUCAGCACUGGCUUGCUGAGCUGUUCUGGACAGACUAUACAGUGGGGUCAGCCUGUAAUGAGAGUACUGUAUUGUAUCAUAAGGAAGGUUCUGGAGUAAAGCCACUAUUUUUGUGUGUUAAGAUAUUUGUUACUGUUACUUUUCUCAUUUCCAUACAACAGAAAUCAGGCUAAUUAGAGCUUGCGAGUGUGUCAUCGGAUUAGCCGAUGCUGUUUUUAUGCCCUCAGUUAGAAGAAGUGUGCAUCCAAAAUGCUUAAUGCGUGUGGUUGCUUGUGAAUGAACAGACCAUUUCUUAAAAAGAAUCCUGUUGACUGCCUUGUUUGGGAGAGCUCGCACUUCCCAGAAUGCUCUUGUCUCCUGACUGAGGACGCACCAAGUCAAGAUCAGUGCCUGUGUCAACGUGCAUGCGAGCAUUUACUGUUCAUCCAAGCGUUCUGCUCAUCGUGGCUCUGGAACCCCUCAACACGAGGGCGUUUUCUCUUAACAAUCCUGUUUGCAGUUAUUUUUGUACAUUUUGAGUGUACCCUAACCCCCCCAUGCCCCCCCAUCCCUACCUCCAGGUACAAUGGAAUACAAAAGAUUUCAGUGGUACAUUAUGGACCUCUUAGGGAGAUCCGAUGGGUAACUGGCAAAUCAAACACGGCUCAAGCAAAGGAGCCAGCGACCACGGCGCCCCCGCGUCACAGCGAGCGGGCCUUUGAAUGUGCGUCUGUUUUCAUGAUCACAUAUUGGUUUUUCUUUCUUUCCUGUUUUCUGGUCAAAACAAAUUGGACAUCUCACAAUGACUUCUUUGUGUAAGACUUUGGGACAACGGGGAAACGUGUCCUGACAGAAUGAAUAAAUUGAUCAAUACAUGAUUAA